AAUCUCUUUGUACCGAUUCUCUUCAGACAAAUCUCAGGAGAUAGGAUUGCUUCCUAUGUUCAGGUCUCUUUGAUUGCUCUUCUCUGUUGAAUUUCUCACUCCUAGUCUUCUGUGACUCUUUAUCCCUGUCAGAGUUGAAUUGGAUUUGGCCUAGAUCAGCCAACUAAGACAAGAUGAAAUUGCUUUCUUCCUCACUUGAACUUGUUUCUGUUGUCCAGAAAAGACUGGGAGGUCUUUUGAAUGAAAGACAAGAACUUUUAUUUGUCAUCAUUCACAUGUUAGUAGCAAAUAUAUAAUAUGGUGACAUUGCUCAUGUAGUUUUAUUUUUCCCUCUCACAAAUCAGUUUCUCUCUUAUUUAACUACAUUUUGUGCUACGUGUUUUUUCCUAAGUUUCUAGUAGAUUUAAGUAUCAGUGACCUAAAUAUUUAUAAGUUUAACUUUUAAAACCAAAUAUUUUUUUUUCUUAAAAAUUGAAUGGAGUUAGCUUAAAAACAUUACAGAACUUAAUUGGCUUCCAGAUUGGUAGAGUAGAGAUUUCAGUGUACUCAACCUCCAAAACAACAAAAACUUUGGCAAAACGACUACAAUUGACCAUUUCAGAUUUCUGGCAAUCUCCCACUCAGGAAGUGAGCUGAAAAUUGUCUGUCCAAAAGAAAACUACUAGAAUUUGGGAUAGUGGAGUCUGUAACAUUUAAAUUUGUGGCUAUGCCCAUCUUCAAUCCUUCCCCUGCAAUAGUGGUAGGCAUAUCUAAAAAGCUGGUUGCAUUUUAAAUAAUGUAGAGAUCUCACCACUUUUAGAGAUCCAUUAAAAGCAUUAUCCCCAGAGUACAGUUAAUAUUUUGUCCAAACUUGCAGCUCCCUGGGAAAACUCUAUUUUCAGAGAACGGUUGGCUAUUUGAUUUGAUUCAGAGCUCAGCUCAGUUGAGGGAAGAAAAAGCCUACCCCCAGGGCUUAGCUGAAACAAUAGCAGCUGUUGGCAACAUCUCCACUGCUUAAGGCUGUGAUUUCAGUUGGGGCAAAGAAAGCCUGGCUAAGAAUUUAAAAGGAAAUCCUGGAGCAUUAAGCCAACCACAGGGAACUUAGAAAAGCUUCUGUAUAUUCCUAGAUAUCUAUAAAGCUUCAUGAUAUGCAAGGCUGUGCUCUUAUUCAGGAAAGACCUAGAAAAGGAGAUCAUCACCUCUGACUAAACUUGAGGCUGUAUAAACAGGAAGUGAAAGAUGUUUUAUAAACUGAAGUUUGAAGGUAUGACUUAUUGCAAAGUUUCCUCUGGCAAAGGGUUGAAGACAAUUAGGCAAGACAUUUACAGAAAUUUUCUGACCAUUGGUUGACUACUAAAUUAUGCUUACUCAGUUGAAACUCUUAGAAUACCUGGCUUCAUGGUAAAACAAGCACUUCACAAAAAAAUCUAGCAGAGAACUCUAUGGGAAUACAAAAUCCAUAGAGCAGUACAGGAAAAUGCUAGCAGCACCAAGGGAAAGAACAAUAACCAAUGAUAGCAAAAACUGUUGGAGGGUGGUGUGGAGGAUUCUGAUACCAGAGUCGUUGGAAUAUAUUCUCUAAAAUGUUCUUUUCAAUAAAAAAUUAUGCAAAGAAACAGGGAAGUAUGCCAUAUACACAGAAGACAAACAAAGCAGCCAACAGAGAAAUGUUCCUGUGGGAGUCAGAUUCAGACUUAAUAGACAAAGACUUUAAGUUAGCUAUUAUAAGUAUGUUCGAAGAAAUGAAACGGUGUCUAAACAAUUAAAGGCACAAAUGAGAAUUAUAGCUCUCCAAAGAAAAUUCAAUAAACAGUUUAUAGAAAAACCAUGUAGAAUUCUGGAUUGAAAAGUGUAAAAGCUAAAAUGAAAAAUUAAUUUAAGAAGGGCUUAUCAGCAGAUAUAAAUUGGUAGAUGAAAGAAUUAGUCAACUUGAAGAUAGAUCAAUAAAGAUUAUCCAUUGUGAGGAACAGAAAAUUAAAAAAAUGAAGAGAACCUCAAGAAAUCUGUGGUACAAUAUCAAGUGUACUAACACAAUGAGAGUUCCAGAUGGAGAAGAGAAAAAGGGGUACAAAGAAUAUUUACAGAAAUAGUAUGUGAAAACUUCUUACCUGAAAAAUAAUCUACACAUUUAAGUAACUCAGCACACUUUAAGUAGAAUAAACUCUAAGUGAUCCAUACUGAGAGCUAUCAUAGUGAAGUUUACAAAUGUGAAAGACAGAGAAAUCUUGAAAGCAGCAAGGAAAAAAUAAUGUUAUAUAAAAGGGAUCCUCAAUAAGAUUAAUAUCUGACCUCUUAUCAGAAAGUUUGGAAGCUAGAAGAUAAUGUUCAAAAUGUUAAAAAAAUGUCGACUAGGAAUUCUAGAGCUUCACUGUCCUUCAAAGAUGGAGAAAUUAAGACAUUUACAAACAAAGACUGAGGGUAUUUAUUGCUAGCAGCCUUGCCGUACUGAAAAUAGUAAGGGGUCCUUCAAAUGAAUGAAACAACAUGAUAAACUCUAAUCCACAUGAAGAAAUAAAGAACAAUGGUAAAAGUCAUACUUAUAAAAUCCCAGCACUGUUGAAGAAUAUAGCACAGUUGCAUCAAUAAUGAUGGCUCACUCAACUGGGAGCAUCUCUUUGGAGACCAUCAUGCAGACAUCAGAGACUGGGUCGGACACAGGUUCGACAGUGACUUUGCAGACAUCUGUGGCUAGUCAAGCAGCAGUGCCUACACAGGUGGUACAGCAAGUACCAGUACAACAACAGGUACAGCAGGUACAGACUGUGCAGCAGGUACAACAUGUCUAUCCAGCUCAGGUGCAGUAUGUGGAAGGAAGUGAUACUGUCUAUACCAAUGGAGCAAUCCGAACAACAACUUACCCUUACACGGAGACGCAAAUGUACAGCCAAAACACUGGAGGGAAUUACUUUGAUACUCAAGGGAGUUCUGCACAGGUGACAACCGUGGUCUCAUCCCACAGUAUGGUGGGCACUGGUGGAAUUCAGAUGGGCGUCACCGGAGGACAGCUCAUCAGCAGCUCUGGAGGAACCUAUCUGAUCGGCAAUUCAAUGGAGAAUUCUGGUCACUCAGUGACACAUACCACUCGAGCCUCCCCUGCAACAAUUGAAAUGGCGAUUGAGACGCUGCAAAAGUCUGACGGUCUGUCCACUCACAGAAGCUCUCUUCUCAACAGCCAUCUCCAGUGGCUGUUGGACAAUUACGAGACAGCAGAAGGAGUGAGCCUUCCCAGAAGUACUCUAUACAACCACUACCUACGACACUGUCAGGAACACAAACUGGACCCAGUCAAUGCUGCUUCUUUUGGAAAACUAAUAAGGUCAAUUUUUAUGGGGCUACGAACCAGGAGAUUGGGAACUAGAGGAAACUCCAAGUACCAUUACUAUGGGAUUCGUGUCAAGCCAGAUUCCCCUCUUAAUCGUCUACAAGAAGACAUGCAGUAUAUGGCUAUGAGACAACAACCCAUGCAACAGAAACAAAGGUACAAGCCUAUGCAGAAAGUGGAUGGGGUUGCAGAUGGUUUCACAGGAAGUGGUCAACAGACAGGCACAUCUGUUGAGCAAACUGUAAUUGCCCAAAGUCAACAUCAUCAACAGUUUUUAGAUGCAUCUCGAGCACUUCCAGAGUUUGGAGAAGUUGAAAUCUCUUCUCUGCCAGAUGGUACUACCUUUGAGGAUAUCAAGUCACUGCAGAGUCUUUAUCGAGAGCACUGUGAGGCAAUAUUGGACGUUGUUGUGAAUCUUCAAUUUAGCCUAAUAGAAAAAUUGUGGCAAACAUUCUGGCGCUAUUCUCCUUCUACUCCUACUGAUGGCACUACCAUUACUGAAUCAAGCAAUCUGAGUGAAAUAGAAAGUCGACUUCCGAAAGCAAAGCUGAUAACUCUGUGCAAACAUGAGUCUAUCCUGAAAUGGAUGUGUAACUGUGACCAUGGGAUGUACCAGGCUUUGGUGGAGAUUCUCAUCCCCGACGUCCUUAGACCUAUUCCUAGUGCCUUGACCCAAGCCAUUCGAAAUUUUGCAAAAAGCCUUGAAGGUUGGCUUUCCAAUGCCAUGAACAAUAUUCCACAGAGAAUGAUACAAACCAAGGUUGCCGCUGUAAGUGCCUUUGCCCAGACUCUGCGAAGAUACACAUCGCUCAAUCACCUGGCCCAGGCCGCUCGUGCAGUGCUUCAGAACACGUCUCAGAUCAACCAGAUGCUCAAUGACCUCAACCGUGUUGACUUUGCCAAUGUCCAGGAGCAGGCUUCCUGGGUGUGCCAGUGUGAUGACAACAUGGUUCAGAGACUAGAAACAGACUUCAAGAUGACUCUUCAGCAGCAGAGCACCCUGGAGCAGUGGGCUGCGUGGCUUGACAAUGUGAUGAUGCAAGCACUGAAACCCUAUGAAGGAAGACCCAGUUUUCCUAAAGCUGCCAGGCAAUUUCUGCUAAAAUGGUCUUUCUACAGUUCAAUGGUUAUUCGGGACUUAACCUUACGCAGUGCUGCUAGCUUUGGCUCCUUCCAUCUGAUCCGUCUCCUCUACGAUGAGUAUAUGUUCUACUUAGUAGAACAUCGAGUUGCUCAGGCAACGGGAGAGACACCCAUAGCAGUCAUGGGCGAGACAUACCUUGUAGAUGAAAAAAAUACUCCUAUCAUGGAACUCUUUAUAAGCAAACUUCCGAAUUUUGGUGAUUUAAAUGCUGUGUCUCCUGGAAAUCUGGAUAAAGAUGAAGGCAGUGAAGUGGAAAGUGAGAUGGAUGAAGAACUAGAUGACUCUUCAGAACCUCAAGCCAAAAGAGAGAAAACCGAGCUGAACCAGGCAUUUCCAGUGGGCUGCAUGCAGCCUGUCCUGGAGAGUGGCGUGCAGCCCAGUCUCCUGAAUCCAAUCCACAGUGAGCACAUCGUCACAAGUACUCAGACUAUCAGACAGUGCAGCGCUACAGGAAAUACCUACACUGCAGUGUAAAGAAUAUUAAAGCAUAUUUUCCCAGCUAAUAUUAACCCUGUUGAUAUUGGGCUUAAGUUGAAAAUUUAAUAAGCCUGAAGGUCGACUGUUGUCAAAUUUUAUCUGUGCUGAACAUUACCUUUUUGGAGUUGUGAAAUGGAAUGGGUGUGUGUAUUUUGCCAGAUCUUUUUUUUUAACGUAAACAAAUUAUUUGCCUCUUAAUAAGAGUUUUUUCCCAUUAGUUUCAGGUGUCAAGAAGGAUUUUUACAACGCUUAAUGUCAAUGUUUUUGUUUUCUUAUAAUUAAAAAGUAAUUUACAUUUUUUGUAGCUUAAAAUUUUAUUGUUGAUUGUUAGUCUUGGUGUAUGAUUUCAUGUGUAAGUUUUUAAUUAGAUGCACUUCUGUGAAAUAUCAAAA